UGAAGGUGCUCGGCUCCGGAGUGGUGUGUUGGGGGGCUGCAGAGUACCCUGGGGCUGAGCUGGGGGAGCUGACGGUGCUUUGCUGGAGCUGUUGCUCUCACUGGUAGCAGCGCUGAGCUUCGGAGGAGCUGAGUUAGGAUUUGGGUUUGGGUUCACAACCUGUAUUUCCCACCUGGCAUUCGGGACCCGUUUCUUCCCGAUGUAUUUGGGGGAGCAGGGAUGUGUGGGCAACAACUCCACGAGCAUUUGAGGCUACGUUUGUGUGGGAAGGACUUCUAGGAGAAUUUCACAUUUUUAAUCGUCAUUCAGUAAAGGCUCUGCCAGCAGCAGACUCGUUAUUAAUUUAUUAACAUUUAAUUCCUUUUAUUUACUCUCCCGAACUGCUGGGACUGAGCAGCAGCAUCUUGGGCCGGGCACCAUGAGCUGGCAGUGGCAGAGGGAAGAAGAAGAGGAGGAGGAGGCACAGCAGCGCUAGGACCUGGGGCCGGGCAGGGCCUGCAGCCGCACAGCCGCUCCCCAAUGCCUCCGUCAGCUUUUCCUUCGGAGGAGAAAUUGCACAAGAAAAAAAAAAAAGUGUGUGAGAGAGGGGAAAAAAUAAUGAGAGGGAAAAAACAAAAAAAAAAAAUCAAAGAAAGAAAAAGAGUAAAAAGGGGGGCAAGGAGGGCAAGUAAGAGGAAAAACAAAAGAGAAAAAAAUAAUAACUCCGCCCGCCGUGGAUCGUUCUCUGCCGCGGUGUCAGCUCUCGGCGCGGCGGGGGGAGCGCGGCGGGGCCCGGACACGUCUACAGAAAUUCCAGACGGGCCGGGCUGGGCGGGCGGAGGGGAAGGGAAAGGAAAGCGAAGGCAGGAAAGGGGCGUCCUGAACCCCCCGCCCUCCUCCUUUCCCCCGCCGGGCCCUUCCGCCGCCUCAGCCCCAGCGCCAUGGCCGUGGCCCCGGGCAGCCGCUGCCUCCUCCUCCUCCUCCUCCUCCUCCUCCUGGCCGUCCUGGGGGCCCCGGCGCUGGGCGACCCCGGCCCUUUAGAAGACGUGGUGAUAGACAGAUACUAUAUCCCCAAAAUCUGCCUGAGGGAGGCGCAGAUGGGGGAUUUCAUUCGCUACCACUACAAUGGGACCUUUAAAGAUGGCAAAAAGUUUGACUCCAGCUAUGACCGAGGGGCCACGGUGGCCGGUGUGGUGGGCGUUGGGCGACUGAUCACGGGCAUGGACCGGGGGCUGCAGGGCAUGUGCGUGAACGAACGGCGUCACCUCAUCGUGCCGCCCCACCUGGGCUACGGCAGCAUCGGCGUGGCGGGGCUGAUCCCCCCAGAUGCCACCCUGUACUUCGAUGUUGUCAUGCUGGACAUCUGGAACAAGAAUGACAAGCUGCAGAUCACCACCCUGUCCAAACCUGAGCGCUGCAACCGCACGGUAGAAAACUCGGACUUUGUGCGGUACCACUACAAUGGCACACUGCUGGAUGGGACCCCCUUCGACUCCAGCUACAGCAAGGGCAGCACCUAUGACACUUACGUGGGCACUGGGUGGUUGAUCAAGGGCAUGGACCAGGGGCUGCUGGGCAUGUGUGCUGGGGAGAAGAGGAGCAUCAUCAUCCCCCCAUUCCUGGCCUAUGGGGAGAAGGGCUACGGGACCGUGAUUCCACCACAGGCAUCGCUGGUGUUCAGCGUGCUGCUGGUGGAUUUCCACAAUCCCAAGGAUGGUGUCUUUCUGGAGCACCUGGAGGUGCCGGAGUCCUGCAAGCGCCGGGCUGUGACCGGGGACUUUGUCCGCUACCACUACAAUGGGACACUCAUGGAUGGGACACUCUUUGACUCCAGUUACUCCCGCAAUCAGACCUACAACACCUACAUUGGGAAGGGCUACAUCAUCCCUGGCAUGGAUCAGGGACUGCAGGGGGUCUGCGUGGGAGAGCAGCGGCGAGUGGUCAUCCCCCCACACCUGGCUUACGGGGAGAACGGUGCAGGAGAAAAAAUUCCCGGCUCAGCCGUGCUUAUCUUUGAUGUCCACGUCAUUGACUUCCACAACCCUGCGGACCCGGUGGAGAUUGAGACUGUGUUCCGGCCCGAGGGCUGCAAUGUCACCACCCGCAACAGGGACUUUGUCCGCUACCACUACAACUGCUCCUUGCUGGAUGGCACCCGGCUCUUCUCCUCCCACGACUACGAGAAGCCCCAGGAGGUAACUCUGGGGGCCAACAAGGUGAUCGAGGGGCUGAACAGUGGCCUCCUGGACAUGUGUGCAGGGGAGAGGCGGGUGCUCAUCAUCCCCCCACACCUGGGCCACGGAGAGAGCGGAGCCCGAGGGGUGCCUGGCAGUGCCGUGCUCCGAUUUGAGGUAGAGCUGAUCUCCAUGGAGGAGGGGGUUCCUGAGGGCUACCUCUUCAUCUGGCACGGGGAGCCACCGGCCAACCUGUACGAGCAGAUGGACCUCAACAAGGACGGGGGGAUCCCUGCUGAGGAGUUCUCCACCUUCAUCAAGACCCAGGUGGCAGAGGGGAAAGGACGCCUCAUGCCCAGCUCUGACCCGGAGAAAGUCAUUGCUGACAUGUUCCAGAACCAGGACCGCAACCAGGAUGGGAAGAUCACGCCUGACGAGCUGAAGCUCAAGUCGGAUGAGGACCAGGAGAAGAUUCAUGAGGAGCUCUGA